AUGACACCUCGACAAUUGAGAGUUCAGAGGAAGAAAUGGAGAGUUAAUUCAAAACGUCAUUAUGAAAGAAAAAAGAAAAAGAAAGCCAUUCAACAGUUGUUACUAGAUAAUUCUCCACCAAAUAAUGACAAUGAAGUACUUCCAACUGAUCCUCUCACUCAAUCAGCUCCAAGACCCAUGCAUAAUUCAUAUCUAAAUCGUUUGGAUUACGGUAAUAGUAAUUCUUGUCAAGGGUGCCUAAAGAAAGAUAUUCUUCUGAGAAAGAACGAAGGAAAAGUAGAAAAUGUUAAUACACAUAAGCGUGAAAAAAUUAAGAAGAAACUAAUGUUUGGUGAAAUACUUUCAAGAAGUGUUGGAGAAGGGUACAAGUGCUUGAGGCAAAAGAACAAGACAAAAUUCUCAAAUGUGGUUAUGACGGAAAAAGAAAAGUUGAAAAGUUGA